CAUCGGUUAUGUAUAAUUUUCCUAACUCUUUUGUCAUGUCAAUUAUUAUUAUGAGUAAUUAAUCUCAUCAGAUUAUGAAUUAUAGAUGAUUCUCUUUGAAACUAUCUGAAUCAUGUAACUACGUGUUCUCACUACUAAAAAAAGGUAAAUUAGUGAUGGAAAUUAGUGAGGGAACAAAAUUCCUCAUUAAUUAUGACGGAAUUAGAGACGGAAAAUUGCAUUUCCUUUAAAAAUCUAUAUUACUGACGAAAUUAGUGAGGGAUGUUUUUUUCCUCCCUAAAUUUCCAUCACAAAGGAAAAACAUUCCGUCACAAUAACAAUAUUUGUACCUACGGACAACCAAUACCGUCAGUGAAACUUUUAUUUAUUCUUUAUUUUAUAUAUAUAUUAUAUUAUUAUAUUAUUAUUGAUUAUUAUUAUUAUAUCAAAAGUAAGAGAAACGACUAAACACUGAGUUAUCCAAAUUUCAAACCAACUAGCUCAAGGUUGCUCUCGAUCGUUCUCAUCGCGUUUCCGAAAUUUCACUCAAUCGUUCAUUAACCUCCACUCUCAGUCCUUUAGAAUCGCUCUGGAUCAUUCGAAAAUUGUUCUCAAUCGUUCGAAGUCGCAUGUUGCAAAGAUGAAUUUGAGGUAAAUUUGAAACGAUUCAAUUUGUGUUUUGUUCAUCGUUCUCGUUCCAACUCAAUCAAAAUUUCUCAACUGAAAUUUGUUCGAAAUCGCAUGUUGUAAAGAUGAAUUUGAGGAAUUUAGACGUACCAAGGGAAACAUAAACUCAAUGAGGGAACAUGCAGAGCAUUUAGGUUCUUUUAAGGAUGAUAUUACUAUGAGUGGUGACAUUGCCAACCUUUCUCAAAACAAGAAAGGAAGACAAGGAUUAUCAACAAAGAAAACUGUCAGAUCGAUUCAAGAUGCUAAGGAUGAUAUCCUUGAUCUAAAUAAAACUGCUGAGGUCUUAGAGACUGCAAUUCCCAUUCUAAUAGGAAUCAAGUUUGAUGCUUUUGUUAGACUUCACCAAGAUUUGCAAUGGACAAUUGUAACACAGUGAUCAUCUUGAACGUCUUGUAUUUGAGGUUAACCACUGAUGUUAUAGCACCAUCCCCAUGGAAGAUUCACGUGGAAGGGUAAGUUACUCCUAAUUUAGUACGUACUAGGAUCAUAUUGUUUUAAAGCCAAAUGUUAUUCCGACCUUGAUCUCAUUUUAAUAUAGAUGGGAGAGGGCCAAUAAAUCCUAAGGGAUUGUAAUAUUACAAUAAUCUCAUCAAUGAACUAACAAGCCGAGGUUCUUUUGCAAACUAGUUUUACCUUAAAAAGUUCAAUUGGAGUUGUCAGCUGCAGAUUGGGAUCUACCACAAGCACUUGAAGACGAAUAUGGAGGAUGAGUUAGUCGAAGAAUUAUGUAUGGUUUGUAAACUAUAAGAUAUAGUUUGUUUUAUUUUAUCAUGUCUUAGAUAGGAGAUCAAAUUAAACAAACUAUAUCUAACACAUUAGAAAAAAAUGUAGUUACUGUAUUUUGUAAAUUGUGAGUAAUUUAUUUUCCCUAAAGUGUAUUUUUACUCUAUAUUUGUGAGUAAUUUGUUUUGAGAAUUUGGAUGUAA